AACACAACGAAAAUCAUUUAAACAACAACAAAAAAAAACAAACUAAAAAAAAGUCAUUGUGCUUUAUUUAUAUAUUUUGUAAAGUCACUUGGGCGAAAAUCGUAAUAAAUUGAACAAGCUGCGCUAAAUAAUAUAUAUAUAAAUAUUUUAUAUAUAGAUCAUAUAUUGUUUACCAGCCCAGCCCCACUCAAUAUGAGCACAAAAGCUCAGGAUAUACAAGGACCACCACUUGCUUUCGAACGUGAUCCGGCGUGUCCAUUAUCAGCCGUACCCAGCGCCGAGUCGGAGCCGCCAGUUGAUAUAUUGGACAUUGAUCGGCCCUGCAAAGAUAACGAUAUCGGGCCCGUGCCGCUCGAUAACUAUACAUUCAGCGAGUCGGACAAGCACGACGUCUGUCUGCAGAGUCGCCGCGACUCGAGCACCAAUCCGGAUCGCCCGUAUUCGCUGAACAACAUGGACCCGGAGCCGGAUCUAAAGGAGCCCCUCGGCCCCUGUGGCGAUUAUGUCGAACAGUCGCAUACGCCGUGCAUCAAGCUCGAUAACAAGGAUAACUUCUAUUCGCGCAAUCCGAUAACUGGCUCCGGACUGAACGGCGACGGUGUCGGCGGUCUCAAGCCAAAGAAGCUCAAGAAUCGAGAGGGCAAUCCAGUUACUGGAGAGGGUUAUAAGCCGGGUGCAACUGAUUUUAUACAGCCGGCGAUUAAGGAGGGCAGCCAGCCAAUGAAUAGCAACAACAAUGGUAAUCGUGUUCCACCCGGCGGCUAUUCGUCGGGUCUUUGGUAAUUUGUACAAAUUUUCGCCAGCCCUGCAAACCAACACGUUCAAUAUAACAAAACGCAUGGAAAUUAUAUAUAUGUAUAGAUUGCAAACGGGAGCGCUUCCCUCACUCUCCGCGAUUUGCAUACCUUGAGGUUCAGCAAGCUGCAGCAGAGCAAAAAACACGAAGGAUAAGACAGCUUUCAAAGGACGAGCUGUUC